AUGUAUAGCAACCGCACUCGCGCCUGUCUUUAUCGGUCCCCGACUGAGUCAAACUGGGUGGUGUUCUCUCAUCCGAUCGGCCAGGCGUCUGGUGGUGCGACCCACGUAACUGGCGCCACAGGAGCAAUCCUGAUCGCUGCUCCCAACAAGGAGUCCGUACCGUUCAAAGAUGAGCACGGUUCGUUGGAGUCAUUAUCCCUCAGUGAUCAGUUCUCUCUGCCAGCUUAUGCGAACGCCAGUGCUGUGGUAGCUGCUGCCAAGGCUGCCAAGCGUCAAAAUCAAUCGGGUACGGGUCGAAGCAAAUCGGACGUCCGCGACAGUCGUUCAAAAGAUUCACGUAACCUCAGAAAUCGUGAUAACGAAACUGGUCGUCGAUCAAAGAGUUCCGCACGUGCAAACACCAAGAUGUGUUUGCACAACGAGUGCAACGUCCUCGAUUCCCUGUCGAACCCCACAGUUCCCAGUCUAGGUGAACCUAAACCCAGUUGGCGCUUCGGUUCACUUUGGCUUCGACGCAGUCUGACCAUUCUUUGGCGUCGUCGGCAAUCAAGCUCCAUUCAAGCAACAUUCCCAUCUGUCUCAGCUGAACAUGAAUCAUUGGAAAAGUUUUGCUCAGAGGAUUGUCACCUUCGAAUACAUCCUCGAGCUCCGGGAACGACUACUGAACUACCCGUGGAAAUUGUACGUGAGGGUAUUGUGAAUGAAUGGUUUGGAUCUUUUGGUGCCACACAUCGACCGGCACUAUGUAAAAAUAAUCCGGACACACCGGAUCCGGACGGAGAUAUACGGGAUCCACGAUGGGUUCCUUCGCGACUUUGUUUGUAUAAUACCAGUGCUGGCCUUCUCCUCGAAGCUUUCGCCCCACCAUCGGUACGUUUUUCCAGAUGUGUUCUUUCUCCGAAAAUAUGA